GGCGGGAGUCCGAAGGGGAGGGGGAGAGGCAGACGGGCGAGGAGCGGCUUGGCGCAUGCGCGAGUGCAUGUGCAGCCUCGCUCCCAUGCGCCCCUCCGGCUGGGAGAGUGGCCCCCACCCGCCCUGGCUCCUUCCGUCACCCCCGCCGUCACCCCCGCCGGCCCCCUCUCCGUCAUGCCCUCCAUGGCCUCAGCGGGGGGCAUCUCACCUGCCGCAGCGGCAGCCCUAGGCCACCCCCACCCCCACCCCCCCAACAUGCAAGACCCCUCCGCUGCCGCUACCACCAGCCAGGAGCAGCACGCAGCCGCAGCAGCUGCUGCCGUACACCCGCCCUCCGCCGCCACCAGCGGCAUCAGCGGCGGGGGCGCCUUUGCGAAUCCCACCGCUGCCUCAGCUACGGCGGCAGCGAUGUCAGCUGCAUCUCCACCCCCUGCCGCCCCCCUCCACAUGCCUCCCUCGCUGCUAGCGGCCAGCAGCGCUGCCGGCGUGCUGCGGCGGGGCGAGGCGGCGGGGGCGUGUCGGGUUGCGGUGGUGGAGCUGCCCCUGGGGGUGGCGGGGGCGGCAGCCGCGUCAGCCGCGGCGACCCGAGGGCCUGUAAGUGGCGGCGCUGCUGGUGGUGCUGGUGCCCCUGCCAGUGUCGGGGCUGAGGCGGUAGUGAGCGGAGCGGGCGGAGGAGGUGGCAGCAGCGGUGGCGGUGUGUGUUGGACGUACAGCAGCAGCCGGCAGGGAGUCGACCUGUCGCAGGCCCUCUCCGGUCCGCUGCGCUCGCCGGUGCUGCUGUGGCUGCCGGUGUGGGUGCCGCCCGCGGGGCCGGGGGGCGGCGGGGCGGAG